AAGUAGAAUGUUGUCAUGUCGGGCAGUGGUGCACCGGAGCUGGUGCGGAACGAGGUCUAAAUAUCCUGUCUCCGGCUCCGCCGGGUUUUCUAGUCCCGUCUCCGGUAGAUACUCCAGCACUGCUCCUGAGAACAAGGAAGAGAAGAAAAAAUCCGGGCUUCUAAGUUCUGUAUUUGGACUUGAGUCCAAUAUAGCUGGACCUAACACAAACAGAUGGACAAUGUUUGUUCCUGCCUUUGCUACUCAUGUUUGUUUGGGAGCACCGUACGGUUGGUCUGCUAUAUCAUCCUUAUUAACAAGGGAGAAUGGACUAGUCUGCUCUGCCGCCUCUGAUUGGGCUCUAGACCUCGCAACAUAUCCGAUGUCGGUGAUGAUUGCCGCCGGCGGUAUUUCUGCGGCAUUGUUCGGCAAGUGGACGAUGAAGGUUGGUGUUAGACGAGCUCUAGCUACUGGAGGAUUACUGUUUGGAGCUGGUUUCUGUGUAUCUGCAGUCGGGGUCAUGAAUCAUAGUCUUCCAGUGCUCUACGCAGGCAAUCUGUUGUGUGGAAUCGGAUAUGGAUGUUCAUAUACUCCUCCUAUUCAGGCAUUAAUUGAUUGGUUCCCGGAUAAGAAAGGAUUGGCAAGUGGUCUAGUUAUUGCUGGGUUCGGAUCCGGGGCUCUCUUCUUCACACCGAUGAUGAACACCCUGACCAACAAGUUCAGCCAGCUACCCACUUACCUAGGCAACAGCGUGGAGGUGGUGGUAGAGGGAGGGAAACAGUUUGCUACAGUUGGAGGACAAUUGAAGGAGGUAGUGUACGCUACUACAGCCGAACUAGCUAAACUACCAUAUGAUGGUUUGGCUGAAGGAUUCUAUCUUGUUAACACGGGGAAUACAGGAGUUGCACUCAGUUUAGCUUCAAUAGGCGCCAUGUACACUACAAUGGUGGUUGGAAGCGCGCUAUUGAUCCGCCGUCCUCCGCCUGGAUAUAUACCAGAGGGAUAUACGCCUCCUUCAGUUACUUCCGGAGGUGCCAACGUUCAUGUGGACACAGUACUGAAAACUCCUCAGUUCUGGUUCCUGUUCACAACCAGUACCCUCCUAGCUACAGGUGGAAUGGGACUGAUGUCUGUUGCGAAACCAAUGAUACAAAAUGUGUUUACCGACGCUAUGCCAGCUUUAGUCACUUCCUCUUUUGCCUCUGCUUACCUAAUGGCAAUGGCCGGCGGAAAUCUGGCUGGACGGUUAGGUUGGGCAGCAGUUUCAGAUAAAAUAGGCCGUAGGAAUACAUUCCACAUCUUCACACUCGGGGCAAUUCCUAUUUUUGGUAGUCUUCCUUAUCUCAUCACUCAAUGCAUUACUGAUCCUACCGGACCUUUGGCGCCAUAUUAUCUUGCGGCAUUCUGCGGUUCAACUAUUGCCGCAAUUUCUAUAAUGGGAGGUGUGUUUGCUGUACUGCCUGCCUACGAGGCUGAUCUGUACGGACCGAAGUACGUUGGUGCUAUUCACGGAAGGUUCCUUUUGGCUGCUACUGUCUCCACCAUAAUGGGCCCUGGACUCCUCCUUAACCUCAGGAAAAUGGCAGAGAGUGAUGCUAUUAAAGAUCUAUUAUCUAAAGUUGACCCUUCGGCUUUUGUUGAAAAAUUUGGAGUUGACCUGAGUCAGGCAAAUACCUUGAUAGAGGCAAAAACAUUGACCAUCAGCAAACUUAUGACAAUUAUGCCUCAAGGUACCAUUGAUCCCUCUCCUUUCCUGUACAACAAUACUAUGUACACAAUGGCGGGGUUAGUGAGCGCAGGUGCCGCACUCCAUUUCCUCGUGAGACCGGUGAACAAGAAAUAUUUUGAGAAAGCUUAAUUCAGCAUAAUUCUUAUGAAAUGUAUAUUUAAGAUUCGUCAAAAUUUAAAAUUCUGAACAUUUCAAGAAAAGGAAAAAAGAUAUUGUUAGUCUAUAUUUAUAUAUUAAAAGGAUUGUUAACGUAAUUUGAAGCGACCCUUCAAUUUAAAAGUGCCAUCAACGAGUCUCAACGAGAAGUAAAACAUCUAAAAAUGUAGCGACGUUCUCGACUACAGUAAGAUAAUUACAUGAGUCCCGUUAUAUAUGUUAAGGAAAAGUUACUGAAUCAGAGGUAUUUUUUAUUAAAGGGUCACUUUAGACAACCUAUUACUAUCUCCCAGAUGUAAAGAUGCUGUCCCAGUGAUUAAUCUAUUUUUAUAUUGUGUAAUUUACUCCUAGUCUAUGUUAUCUUCAAUAUUCAUCCUUAGGUUGAAAACUGUAUUCAUAACCAUCCAAGAGCACAAAUUGUUAGGGAAAAAACAUCAAAAACAAACUAUGGUUAUGUAAUAAAGAAUAAUGUUAUUUGUUG